UGUGUGUAAGGACUCAGUUAACAUACAACUUGGAACUGUAUAAAAGGAGAAAGGAGGAACUCGGUAAAUCCAGAAGUCCUCAGAGUUCCAAUAGACUAAGUUAUCCUCUACAUCUCCUGGGAAGCAUGAAAGUCCUCAUCUUGUGUGCUCUUGUUGCCGCCGCCCAGGCUGGUUUAAUCUACGCUCCUCGUUAUCUAGAAGCUGGUGGAAGCACUCAGUUCCGUAACCAGGAUAGUGUCGGAAACUACAACUUCGGAUACAACGAGGGUCACACUUCCGGCAGCACUUUCCGCAGAGAAACCGGCGAUGCUUACGGUAACAAGGCCGGUUCUUACGGUCUGAGAGACGCUGACGGCCGUGUCCGUCUCGUUAACUACGUGGCUGAUGCCGCUGGUUUCCGUACCAACAUCCAGUCCAACGAACCCGGCGUGGAGCCCAAGGACCCUGCCAACACCUCCAUCAACAAGGCUGUGGUCGCUCCCGUCACCUACGCCGCUGCUGCCCCUGCACUCACCUACGCUGCUGCCCCUGCUCUAGCCUAUGCAGCUCAUCCAGCAGCUUAUAACUACGGUCACGGUCUCGGUUACUACGGUGGCGCCCACUUGGGUGCUGCACCUUACUACAACUAUGGCGGUUACCUCUGGUAACUCAAAUAAUCCCGAUUUCCGUUCUUCAAGGCCAAAGUUCUAGAUAUUUGUAUCAAUGGUGUCAA